AUGGCCGCAGCACCAGCUGAUAUCCCCACCUUUAAGCUUGUCCUUGUUGGUGAUGGAGGAACUGGCAAGACGACUUUUGUCAAGCGCCAUCUUACCGGCGAGUUUGAGAAGAAGUAUAUUGCGACUCUCGGCGUCGAGGUUCACCCGCUCAAGUUUACGACCAACUUUGGAGACUUGACUUUCAAUGUGUGGGACACGGCGGGUCAGGAAAAGUUUGGUGGUCUCCGAGAUGGAUACUAUAUCCAGGGUCAAUGCGGUAUCAUCAUGUUCGACGUGACGUCGAGAAUCACGUAUAAGAAUGUGCCCAACUGGCACAGGGACCUGGAGCGCGUCUGCGAAAACAUUCCCAUCGUGCUCUGUGGCAACAAGGUCGACGAGCGUAAAGUCAAGACGUCGGCAGUUACCUUCCACCGGAAGAAGAACCUGCAAUACUAUGAAAUUUCGGCCAAGUCGAACUACAACUUCGAAAAGCCAUUCUUGUGGCUGGCACGAAAGCUCGUCGGGAACCCUACCCUGGAGUUCGUCGCCGCUCCAGCACUUGCACCUCCCGAGGUACAAGUUGACCAGAACCUUAUGACCCAGUACGAGCAAGAGUUGAACAAGGCCGCUGCUGCUCCCUUGCCAGAAGAGGAUGACGAUCUCUAA